GAGAGGAGACCUGCAGGAGGGCUCACAUGGUCCUGCUGCAGCGGAGCUCAGACCACCGGGACCCUGCGAACAUCUCUCUCACACACAGCUCGGCUUCAUUCUACUUGAUUUUCAUACUCGUCCAUUUUCACUGUAUUUCAUUUUCUUCUCCGCAUCCCUCCUGCAUCCCGCGCAGCCCAGUGUCGGUCGGACCUCGGCCGGUGAAGCAGCGCCAUGGCUCGGGAGAACGGAGACACCGGCAGAGGAGAGACGUGGAAAAAACAAGUCGACGACAUCAAGAAGAUAUUUCAUUUUAAAGAAGUCCUCGGCACAGGAGCAUUUUCUGAGGUGGUCCUGGCUCAGGAGAAGCUGACAGGUCGGAUGUUUGCGGUGAAGUGCAUCCCGAAAAAGGCUCUGAAGGGGAAGGAGAGCAGCAUCGAGAACGAGAUCGCCGUGCUGAGGAAGAUCAAGCAUGAAAACAUUGUGGCGCUGGAAGACAUCUAUGAGAGUCCUGACCACCUCUACCUGAUUAUGCAGCUGGUGUCAGGCGGAGAGCUGUUUGACCGAAUCGUGGAAAAAGGUUUCUAUACGGAGAAAGAUGCCAGCACGCUGAUCCGGCAAGUCCUGGAUGCUGUUAACUAUCUGCACAGGAUGGGCAUCGUACACCGAGACCUGAAGCCGGAGAACCUGCUGUAUUUUAAUCCUCAAGACGAGUCAAAGAUCAUGAUCAGCGACUUCGGUCUUUCUAAGAUGGAGGGCAGUGGCGACGUCAUGUCCACCGCCUGCGGCACGCCGGGAUAUGUUGCUCCAGAGGUUCUUGCCCAGAAGCCGUACAGUAAGGCAGUGGACUGCUGGUCCAUUGGAGUGAUCGCCUAUAUCCUGCUGUGUGGUUAUCCUCCGUUCUACGAUGAAAACGACUCCAAGCUGUUCGAACAGAUCCUGAAAGCCGACUACGAGUUUGACGCGCCGUAUUGGGAUGACAUAUCAGACUCAGCCAAGGAUUUCAUCAGCAGUCUGAUGGAAAAAGAUCCAUCCAAGCGUUUCACCUGUGAACAGGCACUCAGACACCCCUGGAUCGCCGGGGAUACAGCUCUCUGCAAGAACAUCCACGAGUCCGUCAGUCGGCAGAUCAGAAAGAACUUCGCCAAGAGCAAAUGGAGGCAAGCGUUCAAUGCCACCGCUGUGGUUCGGCACAUGAGGCGGCUGCAGCUUGGCAGCAGCAUGGGGAGCAGUAUGGACUCCUCCAACCCACUGACCAGGCCAAGCCAGGCGCAGAAGCCUGGCCAGAGCCAGCCAGGCCAGAACCAGCCAGCUCAGAGCCAAAGCACCGGCCAGGCAGCGCAAAGCACCAACUCAGCUGCCAGCAAAACCUCUUCCAUAGACAACAACAUAGCAGCUCCACGCAAGGAAUGUGUAACCACGCCGGCUACGCCCUGCAGCCUGGCAUCUGCAGCCUCUUCUCCUGCUGCGGGGGCAGAGCUGAGCCGGCCACAUCCCUCAGCGGUCCCCGCCCCGAUGCUCACGGAGACCAAGUGACGCCAGGUCCCGCGGGGAACCAGCUGGGAGGCCACAGCUCUGUGAGGCAGAGAGACGGAAAGAGAUGGAGGACGACAGGAGAGGAAGAGGAUCACCCUCUUCUUCGUCCUUCCCUCUCCUCACUGCACUUCUUCUUGGAUGCGCCCUCCAGCCAGUUCCCUGCCCUGCUCACGAGAGAGCAGAGGACUUAACCUUUAUCCCACCGAUUCAAGCCACACAGCGCCAUACUGUACACCCACCACGCACCCACCAGGACGCUGAGUAGGAUUCCUAACUCCUAAUCCUGACUCUCACUGAGGAUGUUUGUGAAGCCAGCUGUAAUUGGUUACAACUAACUGUAGUGAUAAAUGGGCGUUCGCUGCUCCAAUUUUGAGCAGUAAUUAGUGGUUCAUGGUGGGGCCGGUCGCACUGUAUCAUGUUAUUCAAUGUCAGUCAACAUCAACUUCCCUCUUGAAUCUGGUCUUUCCUGCAACACUUUAUUUAGCUUUUUUCCAACUUAGGUUUGACUACUGGCAACUGGAUUGUUUUAUUUUUUAUUGUUACUGUUAAUUUUAAAGGUGAUAUGCAUAACUUUUAAAAAGAAAACAUCUCAUUGUCAAAUUAAUAGUGCUACAUUGGUAUGAUUACUGUAAAUAAAUUAGACCAUAGUCAAGACGAUUGGUCGCCUCUACCUCAUGCCAAUUAACAGCUAUUGAUUGUGCAAGCAUUUCUCUUAACUGGGACCCCAUUUCCCAUAACCCUGUUGUUGCUUUAGCUCUGUUUGGUAUGGAAGAAAAGCGCCCCCUUCCUGUUAUGUGCUGUAAAGCAAUCACAAUUACCUCCAAAUCUGACCUGGUGGCUGUGUAAAAUGCAAAGAGGCAUGAUGAACUCAUUUGUUUACACUCAUUUUACCAAUGUUGCAAACUAAUGUGACAAUGAUUUAUUCAUGUUAAAAAGCUACCCAUAGCACCUUUAAGACCUUUUAUAUGGGCUUGUUUUUCUGUUUGUUUGUGCUUUAAGAAGUGCUUUAAAAGUACCAUACGACUGUUGAGAUGUGGAAACAUGAGUUAGCGCUUUAUCUAUUUUGCACAGAGAGGGUCAGAUAUGUUCUCAGACACAGAUUUAACCGCCAUCCACCUAUAUUUAUCAGACAGAGAGUAGAGAUUGUAAACCUUUAUAAAGAGUGGAUGUCAGAGCAUUGUACAACUUCUUUAUUGUCUGAAAGAGUCUGAGUUUAUUAUUUUCUUACUUUAUAAGACUUUUAUAACAAUCACCCUUUAAGGGACACAUACAGGUUACUAUGGACAUGCAGCAGGUUUGGGUUAGGAUAGGAUAGGAGGUUAGAGGUACAUGUUUAAUGGAAAACUGCCUCCAGUUGAGAAUGUUUGUGAUUACACAAUAGCUUGCCAUUUGACUUCCUAAACUAAGGAGCUGCAAGCAGCGCAAUGAACUUUUAAGUGGCUGAAAUGUAUUGGUUAGAAACCAUCUUUGAGAUAUAUAACCAUGUGCCACAUGGUUUUCUUCAGAUCAUUUGGCCUUUGUUGAGUCAAAAUCCAAGAUGGAAAAGCUGUUGCCUGCUGCCGUUCCUUCCCCCUCUAAUGAAGCCAUGAUCUCACCUUGCAUCAUCAAGCUGCACCCAGUUCAGUAGUGCUCAGGGAAAACUGCAGCUGCACUGUUUGCUGGCGAAUACCACUUUCCUGGUUUAGGAUUUUCUGUCAGUGUCGCCGUUCCAGGCGUCAUGGCAUCACAGUUAAUGACUGAGGGCUGAAGAUGUUGUGUCCUUAUUUCAGUAUUGUAGUGACUUGAAUAUAGAAGACUCAGACUUGGGCUCAGAUUAUCCCACCAUCACUCCGAGUUUUGGUCUCGAUCAUCCUGCGUCACAUGCCCAACUAGUUACAUUAUUUGGCCAACAGUUUCUGUUGACACCCUCCCUCCCUGGAACAGCGCAGCUGAGCUCGUUGCUUGACCAAAUUGGAUGGAACCACAGAUCGCCUAGUCCAUGCUGUACCCUGCCUUUAUAACCCCAAUGCUGACAGUUAUCAUGACCAAAAUGCAAGGCUAGGUUUGCGUAGUUUGGUUCUAACGAAUAAUGAAAUUGUUCAAUAAUAGUGAAUGGCCACAGUAUUUAUGUGAUCAUGAGUGGCAAAGCCCCCAGUUUGGGAGAGAAUAAGUUGAACCAACUUUGGAAAAACAAGUUCACUUUCGGUCAAUUUCUGGGCUUCCGAGGUUGUCAUAUGAAAACAAGUGGAAUGACUGUCCACAGCUUGGAGUCUCCUUUUCAACUGAUACACUAAGUUUAAUUUGUUCUUGAUGGAACUCAGACUUAACUCCAAUGUGACCUUCUAGUGUCUCAGACAGGACUACAGUAGCUUAGGUUGUAAAGGCCUUUUAUAGUAAAUCAGAAAGCAGAUCUGUACAACGUUGGGUGCUCACUCACACAUAUCAGAUUGUCAUGUCUUUAUUAGAUGCAAUUUUACCUAUCCCUUUAUUGUGAAUUGUAGCCAAAGACUAGUGCUAGGUACGAAGAACAUUUGGUAAAACUCGGUGAAUUAGUCACAACUGAACUAGUCAAUUAUGAAGCUGUUCAAGACACAAGUGAACUAAAGCUAAGGGCUGAACUCAAGCUGCAGAUUCAUCUGGAGAGAAAGUUAUUCAUCUUCAAUCCCUUCCUAGUAAGUUGCCACCUGCCUUUUUUUUUAAAUAUAUAUUUUCAUCUCUUCUUCCCAGAGUGCUGCUGAAGAAUAUCUGCAAAUUUUUCAUAGUGCGUGUUGAUGGCAUGCUAGGUGGCUAUGAGCCCACAUCUGGAUAAAAGUCAGAUUAGAAUUCACCGCAUUGCUCUAUGUAUUAAGAUCCAACUAUGUGGGACUAAAGUUGACUAAACAACCCACGAUGACAUUUGUGAAUCUGUCUCUCUACUUUCUCACAUUUCCAGUGUGUUUGAAUUGUCUGCUAUUUUCCUGUGUUUUACAGUCAGUACAGUUUUACAUCACUGUCACUUACUUUAGGAGAUAUCGUUUCUUGUCAUAGUUGUUUUUUAAAAGUAAAUAUUUUAUGCAAAUGUUGUUUAAAGCUACUGCAUGUAGGGUUUAAAUAUUUCUGAUUUUGGUGCCCUCUGGUGGUAAUAUUAAAAAACAUUUUGAUAGAUGGCAAUAGGCUUUUUCAUAGAAGACAUUUAAGCUUGUCACAGUAGGGAAAGCACAGGUGUUAACAUUAACAUUGGCUCCGUUCUCUUCAAGUGUCCCAGUAAGUCAUGAAAGUAUGACAGUGAGCCAGCAAGUGCAGUACUGGGACCCUGAUACUGAAACAGCUAAAUGGAAUUCAAUCUUCAUUAAUUUAAUUAUUCUCACCUUUGCCUUUCCUACUGUGGUACAUCAAAAUGUCUUCUGAGAAAGGCCUCCACAUAGAGCCGUGGUAUCGUUUUUUUUCCUAACCGCACAAAUUAGUGUCGCAGUAACCGCCAUAAAAAAAAAUGUAAACCUCAGAUGUUAUAAAAUAAUUGGUUCCUAAAUACUUUAAACUUUUCAAAUGCAUUUAUUCCUGUUAUAGUCUAUUCUUUAUAGCCUCUAUAAUCUAAAUGUCUAUCUUUAUUCCAGUGUUGCCAUUAAGAGGCCGACUUUGCAGCAGGAAUAUUGAUCGGCAUUUGGCAGGCACGUCAUUCCUUAUGUCAAGCCUGAGAGAAUAACUAAUAUCCCAUCACUUGAGCUGCUCACUCAGCAGUGAACCAGUGAGCAGCCUGACUGCGGUAGGCAUGACAUGAUUGCGACGCCGCAGUAAUGCCGUUACUGCGGCAGCUCUACCUCUGCACCCUUUCAUUGUACUCCAUUGAACUCUUCUGAACUCCACACACACAUAUACACACACUCCAUAUUAGGUACAUGGUUGUUGGAACGCAUAAGCAUAAAUCAUAGAACUUCUGGAUGUGGUGACGGCACUGACAUUGAGCAGUUACUUCUUGUCUUUACAGAGACUGAUGACCUGUUUUAGAUAGAUUUUACAUUUUAGGCUAAUUGGCUGAAUACAUUACAGAAUAUAUUGUUUGAUAGCAGUUACUUUAUGCAUGUUAUCCUGGCAAUUUAGUUGAAUAGUCUUGAUACAUGUGUAAGCAAAGGAGACAUGACACCUUGAUCUGCAGUAUAAACUCUUAAGCCUGGUUUAUUUUGCUUUUUCAAAUGUGCACGUGUCGCAGUCACAAAGAAAGAGGAACCUUUAGUGUUUCUUACUGAAUUACAACACCCAUAUGUCUCCUCUGCAUGACUACACAGUUCAUUUUUCAGAAAUCUGUGUUUAUUCUGACUUUUUUUACUGGGGUCUUGUGUUACAUUCUUCUCAGAAGGAAACUAACCCAACUUUGGAGUUGAUUUAUGUAAACCUGCAUUACUGAGGGGAACUUCCAACCAUGUAAGGGCUUUAUUCCAAUGGUCACCUUAAUCUGAUUAUUCACUGUAACCAUGUAUACAGUACAUACCCAUUGAUUGCUAUGCAUUUUUUAAUACAUUUUUCAGUGCGUUUUCUUGUGGGAGCAG